AGCUUUUGAGUGCUCGAGUCGUCACGCCUGUCCUCACAAUGCCGGCGACCAGCGAUGAGGCACUCGAGCGCAAGCGUAAAGCCACCCUCCAGCGCAAGCGGAACGCAGCAGCCAAGCGGAUGCUGCGAAAGCCCUGGGUAGCUGCGGCUUUUCGAGCCGCGGCCAAAGCCCAGGCGGCCAAACUCCACGCCGACGCUGCCAAGCUGAAGCGCGAGAACUCCGAGCUCAAGCGCGCGAACACCGAACUCACCAAGGACCGUGCCCACGCCACCAAGAAGCUCAAGCGCGAGAACUCCGAGCUCAAGCGCGCGAACACCGAGCUCACCAAGGACCUCACCUUGCAGGCGCGCCGGCAUGAGGGAGCGCUCCAGAACCUCGGCCGGGACUUGGACGCCACGGAGCAGGCCGGCUGGCGCGGGCAGGACCGCGAGAAGAACCUGAAGGCGCAGCUCCGGCACGCUAACUCGGAGCUAAACCAGCACCGCCUGAAGGACAAGCGCUUGAAGCGCUGGGGCACGCAGAGGGACUUGAGCCGCUUCGCUUACCUGACCGGCGACCCACCAACCAAGGGUGGCAAGUCGCUCCGGCACAACUGCAUGGGCAGCCAGUGAGGGAACGCCAGCAGGCCACUACUUCGGCCCUCUGUGGGGCAUUUUCGCGGCCGCCUUUGCUUCCCCGCUCCGAGGGGGACUUUUCGCGGCCGCCUCCUCCUCACAGGCUGACGCCGCCUUCCGCGGGCCCCGGGGGCGCGGCUCCCAGACGGACAAGCGACAGGGGCACUGGCGUC